UGACUCCCAUGAAAGAUGACGGAGGAAACCAUGGUGAUCGCCAAGUGGGACUACCACGCCCAGCAGGACCAGGAGCUGGACAUCCGGAAGAGCGAACGGCUGCUGCUGCUGGACGACUCUAAGACGUGGUGGCUGGUUCGCAAUGGAGCCAACGCGACGGGCUACGUGCCCUCCAACUACGUGGAGCGCAAGAACAGCCUGAAGAAAGGCUCGCUGGUCCGCAACAUCAAGGACACGCUGGGCCUGGGGAGGACCAAGAGGAAGACAGGUGUGCGGGACGCCUCGCCCACACCCAGCAGUGACUCUGAGUGCCCCCCCAAUGGCAGCGGUGGCGGCGGCGGUGGGGCGGAGCGGCUCUACGACCUGGCCGUGCCGGCGCUGGUCAAGUUCGCCUACGCGGCCGAGCGCGAGGACGAGCUAAGCCUGGUGAAGGGCUCCCGGGUGGUCGUCAUGGAGAAGUGCAGCGACGGCUGGUGGCGGGGCAGCGCCGCUGGCCAGAUGGGCUGGUUCCCGUCCAACUACGUGCUGGAGGAGGGCGACGGGGAGGAGCUGAUGCCGGGGGGAGGGGAUUAUCAUGGCGUGGGUGGGGCUCCGGCGGUUGUGGUUUCGAACGGCCAAUCGGGAGGCGGCGACGACGAUGGCAGCAGGGUCUUCCACGCAGUGCAGACCCUUUACCCUUUCAGCUCGGUGACGGACGAAGAGCUCAACUUCGACAAGGGCGAGGUGAUGGAGGUGGUGGAGAAGCCUGACGACGACCCCGAGUGGUGGCGUUGCCGCAACGCCCGGGGCCUGGUGGGCCUGGUGCCCCGGAACUACGUGGUGGUGCUCAGCGACGGGCCCCUGAACCCCGCCCCCAUUCCCCUAGGCUCCUCCCCAUCGCUCUGCGUGGGCCCAACCAGUUCUGGCCGGUUCCCCGGGAGGGACUGGUACUACGGCGGCGUGACCCGGGUGCAGGCAGAGGGCGCCCUGAAUGAGCGGGGGCUGGAGGGGGACUUCCUGGUCCGGGACAGCGAGUCGUCGCCAAACGACUUCUCGGUGUCCCUCAAAGCGGCCGGCAAGAACAAGCACUUCAGGGUGCAGACGGUGGAGGGCGUGUUCUGCAUUGGCCAGCGCCGCUUCUCCUCCAUGGAUGAGCUGGUGGAGCACUACAAGAAGGCCCCCAUCUUCACCGGUGAGCAGGGGGACCGCCUCUACUUGCUGAGACCACUGCACUGACCCCCUGGCCGUUGGACACCCCCCGUGCAUGGGACACAUGCGGUCGAUACGGCGCUACGCUAACAUACGGUACGCUACGCUAACUUGCGGUAUGCUAGGCUAAUGUACUUUAUGCUAACGUAUCCUACGCUUACGUACAGUAAGCUAACGUACGGUACGCUAACGUACGGUAUGCUAACGUACAGUACGCUACGAUUACAUACGCAAGGCUAACUUACGCUACAGGACUUCGAGAGUAUGGGGGGGAACAACCCAUCGUUAUGGCCGUACCCACUGGUAAGCUGAAUUGUUCGGUACAUAAGGCCCGAUCGUAGGCCUGGCGACGGGUUCAAUAGGGACCGCUCUGGAGCGGGUUGGAGAUGGAGUGGAGGUGUUGGCGUUGGUGGUCGUCUUCACUUCCUGUAUGGCAAAUUGAGGCAAAAAGGAAAAACCCCACCAAAGAGAGAAGUUGGGUCCACAAAGGGGGGUUAGGGGGGUUUGACGAGGUACUGAAGGAUCCCCCCCCCCACACACCCAGGGUGGUACUUCUGACAACCAUCCAUCCUGUCUGUCCUAUCAAAACGUCCCAAAAGGGUACCACCUGAACAGUCACUUCAAGACUUUCACCUAUCUUUUUAAUACACUUGCUUCCUUUCCUCACGUCACCAGUCGCAUCCCUACUGUUGACUUCAUCCCUACGUUGAAACGAGGAUACCCGCUUUACUUAAAUGUUUGAGUCAGGACGAGCCUGAACACACACUGGAGAGAUGCUACACAACAGUUUUGCAUGGAGACUUCGUCGCCAGCACUGUCUGGCAUGUUGUCAUUCAAAUCUGGUUCAGGAACAAGGAAACCGAACACACAAAGAACAUUAUAUCACUGGUAUCACAUGUAUGAUGAUUGAAUGAAUGAGUGAAAGGAGUAUUAACCAUGCACGAAAGGAGAGGGUUCACCCUUGAGUUCGGUGAAACGGAUCAUUCAUCGAGCUGUGCUUGAAUGUUUCUAGGCAUACAGUGCUACCAAAAGUGCUGUUUGUUAACGUACACAUGCGCACGAGCCAGAGAAAGAGCCUGAAAUGGCGGGCCUGUGUUGAAAUUGUAAAAUAAGGAGAAUCCUGUAUGACUUUUAUCGGCUGUGCUGUUUGUAACGGGAGGGGAAAAAAAAGCUGCACAAAUAUAGUUUAAGCAGGUCAGCGGGACAGGUUAAGAAAGUAACAGGUACAUCAGGAAGAGAGCUCAACAAUUGCCAAGUUCAAACCUCUUUAUAUCCGACAAUGGCUCUUCUGUAUGAAAUGCCUGAAAUGUAGGCCUUGGAUGAAAUAAAUGAUCACCUUUUCCCUGGAGGCUGCUCACGUUUGUUUGUGUAUUUCGAGGGCCAGGAUUAUUUUACCGCUGAAGACACUGGAACAAUGUGGAGGUUAAGGUUGGUGUUACCGCUUUUGAAAAGAAAAACGACUUGUAUUCUCACAUGGAUACGUAAAAGUAUUAAGAUGCACACUUUUUAAUAAGGUUCGAUAUUCGAUACACAUGGCGUGGUUUAUUCACAGCUCACAUUAUCGAAAAUCAUGAAGGGAAUAUUCCUGUACAACUUCCCCAACUUCCUUAUCAUUUCAAAUAACUGUUUUCGGUUCAUCUUUUUGGUUUUUCACUGCUUUUAUUGUUUAUCUUGAGUUAUUUCUAAGAUGUCUUAAAGUUUGAGAGCAACGUUAUUUAAAUGUCAUUACCACUGAGUGUCUAUUUAAAAAAAGAAAAAAAAGAAAAUGGCAGAACACAAAGCUGUUUGACAUGUAGACGCAGUGGGAAAGUAGAACUGUACUGUACCAAUGAAUUUGAUGUGUGAGUAAGGAUACUUUCAUCAGAUUAAAAGCUUUCCGAAAAGAACAAAUGCCUUGUAAUUGUCUUUUGAAUAUAUUUAAAACGUGUCCUAUUGGUUCCUGAUGUUAUCUUUCUAUUUAUUGGAAUGAACCAGAAUAACAGGAAAUAAUUAGUGGAGUAUUGAACUGUCACAGAGGGCUAAUCAUAGUGUUAUUAUCACAUUGAAUAGAGUGAGUAUACCAGAGAACCCAUGAAGCCUUUCAAUUCACCCAAUUUGAUUUGAACAGCAGCCUGCGUAAAUAUACCAACAAUUACAGGGACAAACCGACAUCGAUGGCGGUAAUGUAUUGUGGUCUUUUGGGGUAUCAUUUUAUUUUCUCUGUGGCUACAAUGGAUAAUUUUGUCUCCUGUUUGUGUUUCCAGCUAAACCUGAUCCAUAUGUUAACAGUUCCGUCGUAGACCAGCAGAUUGCAGCAUUGGAGUACAAUAAAAUGUAUUAUGCCGAUCAUCGUGGCUUGCCCUGUCUGACUGGUACUUGCAGGCCUGCAUUAACUGCCAUUGGGCCCUGGGGCUGAGGUUGUUCGUAGGCCCCCUGAGAGGGGAUCUUAAAAUGAAGAUGUGUAAAUUAUUUUCAGAC